AUGGAGCCCAACGUGCCGCUCGACUACGCGCUCUUCCAGCUCUCGCCCCGCCGCUCCAGGUGCGAGCUGGUGGUGUCGGGCAGUGGGCGGACGGAGAAGAUCGCGUCGGGGUCGGUGAAGCCCUUCUUCACGCACCUGCGCGCGGCGGAGGAGCAGGCGGCGGCCCAGCCGCCCCAGCCCGCCAUCCGUCUGCAGCUGGACCGCCGCGCCGCAUGGUUCAGCAAGGGCACCCUCGAGAGGUUCGUGCGCUUCGUCAGCACGCCGGAGGUGCUGGAGAUGGCGAAUACAUUCGAGGCCGAAAUGUCGCAGCUGGAAGGGGCUAGGAAGAUUUACGCAGCACAGGGUGUUUCCUCGGGUGGAGAUGCUGAAGCCUCAGCAGCAGCAGAUAUUACAAAGAAGGAGCUUCUUAGAGCGAUUGAUGUCCGUCUAAGUGCACUUAAACAAGACCUUGUCACGUCUUGUGCCCGGGCAUCAUCCGCAGGGUUCAACCAUGACAGUGUCUCUGAGCUUCUCCUUUUUGCAGACCACUUUGGUGCCAACCGGUUGAGCGAAGCAUGCAAUAGAUACAUGUCACUUUGCCAGCGCCGUCCGGACAUCAAUCCUCAGCAUGCAUCACAAGCAGCUUCAUCACACUGGAAGAGCUUCGAAGAUGGGAAUCUUCGUGACUCCUGCAGUUCAGACAUGUCUAUAGAUGAGCCACAGGCUGAUCAUGGCGGAUCCAGUAAUAAAUCUGUAAGUGGUGCUAGUGUCCCGCAUAUCGACAGAUUAAGUAACAGCCAACAAUCAGUAGAGGUUCCACCAGGAUCUAGCACUGAACAGCACUCUAAGUCAACCCUUCAGCAGGCAGUAGAUAAACAAGAAAAUGAAACAGAAGCCCCUCCUGCUCCUGCUAAAGAGCUUUCAAGGCGUUUGAGUGUGCAAGAUAGGAUAAGCAUGUUUGAGAAUAAGCAAAAGGAGCAGACUCCAACUUCUGGUAACAGCAACUCAGCAGGUACUGCUAAGGUGGUUCCAGUGAAAGGUGAGCACCGCAGGGUGCCUUCUGUUGCAUCCAUGGACAAGUUGGUAAGGAGGUUCAGCAGUGUCAGUGACAUGAGCAUUGAUCUAAGUCAAAAUGAUAAUGGUGGCUGUAAUGACAGAAGUGAAAGUGGAACUCCUGCUGGGACACCAACAUCUGCCAAUCAGGAAGCCAAUUCAUCAAAAGUAAGAGCUGAUAAGGAUGCUAGUGGGGCUAAGCAUCCAGUAACAUCUCAGUCUUGGCCAUUUCAAAAGGAUGGUGACACACCCAAGGAUUCUACUACUACAAGUGCUUGCUCCUCCUCAACUUUUAAUACUACAUCUCCAUACUCCUUAUCGGCCGCUGUUGCCGAGGUUCCUAAAAAACUGACUAAAUCUUGUUUGGAAGAUGACAUGGCUAUAACAUCCAGCACUGAGAGUGAGUCAUCCUUCGACAAGGAGCAGAGAGUUAAUCAAGGUCAAGGCGACGCAAGGAUAUCAGAGCAUGUUGCUUCAAAUGUUUCUGGUCGAACCCGACUAAUAACAUCUCCAAGGACACCUGAGGAAGGUUUGCCAAAACAUUAUGAUACUUUAACUAGCCCAUCGUCAGAGGAACAUGCGCGCACAGUAGAUAAGGAAAUCACUUCUGUUGCUCAUGAGGUACCAGUUACAAGUGAACAGGUUGGACAGAAAGGUAACAGAGGUUCUCGCCUCCGUUCAAAAGAGAUACACGCUGAAGCAGUUGUGGUCGGAAAGAAUGAUCGAUCCUCUAGAACAAUUGGGAAGGUGUCAAGUAGUGUUGAUCCCAAAUCAAAAGCCACGUCCAAUUCCCGCAGCAAUUUUAGGGGUUCAUCUGGUAGGGAUGGAGGUCCCUCCACAGAAACUGAAGGUCAUGAUGCUAGCUUGCGGCGGAAAAGUCUACCACGGAAGGUAGAAAAUGUACGGAGAAAGGCUGCAGUUGGGUCUGAAAUACUUCCUCCAUCAGAUUAUUCUGGUCGCCCAGGAACAAACUUGAGCAGACAAUCAUCUAAUGCUGAGCAGGAGUUGAGUUUGCUAGGAGGUAAAAUUAAACCAGUAAAUGAUGGAAGUGCUGUUACCUUGGAGCAGACCAGGGUGGCGAGACCAGGGAAGGGGAAUCAUGAUCGGCAUGAUGAACUUCAAAUGAAGGCUAAUGAGUUGGAGAAACUAUUUGCUGCACACAAGCUAACCACCACUAGGAGAGGAAAGUCUACGGAUCCGCAGGUUGAUGACACACCUAGGGUAAGUGAGCCAAAGCCUAUAAAGGUUCUUCCAGAGAAGAUUGACAGGAACCAAACUGCGACGGAUAGUAUGACUAAUAACUUUGAUGCCAACGAGCUUCUGAAGAUGGUGGAUAAGGAAGGGUAUAACAUCAAUAGCACACCAGAGAAACUUGCCAUGCUUAGCUUGGAAGAGUCAAGAGGGAAGUUUUAUGAUCAAUAUAUGCAGAAGAGGGAUGCAAAACUAAAGGAGGAUUGGAAGAUGCAGAAAGAAGAGAAGGAAGCAAUACUAAAGGCAAUGCAUGACAGCCUAGAACGGAGCAAGGCUGAGAUGCGGGCCAAAUUCUCUCGGUCUGCAGAUCUCCCUGACUCUGCAUAUGUUUCUCGUGCUCAGAAGAUUCCUCCGUUGCAAUCAGCUAUACGAAAUAAGGAUCAGGGUGUAGAUUCUUUCUUUGUAGAAGAUGAAAUGAAUAGUGACUACCUAUCUGGCGAUGGUUCUUCCAGGAGUGCCGAUUCCAGGAAGCAUUUUUCAAACAAAGUUGCUUACACACAAAAGACAUCCAUUGCUCCUGUCCAUAACCAUAAGCAUUCGUCAAGGACUAUAAGAUCUAGUUAUGCAAAUCGCAGAAAUCCACCAGACAAUCCUCUUGCACAAUCAGUUCCCAAUUUCUCUGACUUCAGAAACGAAAGUACAAAGCCAUCAGCUGGUCAUAAUAGAGCUACUGCAAGGGCUCAGCCAAAAAGUUUUUCCCGUAGUAGGAGUAAAAUUGAAGAGUCAAAGAGUAUUAUGAAUGAACAUCAAUCAAGGGGGUCACAGUCUAUGCGGAAAAACUUAAAUGGUAGUGAAUUAAGGGACACAUCAUCAGUGAACAAGGAUAUAUACAACUGGGCUCCCUCGGGAACUACUAGUAGCACCCAUAAAUCUGGUGCACCAAAGUCUUUUCUUCGGAAAGGCAAUGGGGCUCACCCUAUUGUCGGUAUAACCGGAUUCCGUGCACCGAUGUUUGCAAAUGUCAAUGAUGAUGAUGACGAUUUUCCAGAUCAGCAAGAGGAUUCCCCAGAUGAUGCCAAAGAUGAAGAAUACGAAAGCAUUGAAGAGACUCUUAGGGAAAGUGAUUUUCCUGCUGAUUCAGACAGUGAGACCCCAAAACAAAGUCAUGAUUUUGGAAAUUCAGAUGACCCAGGAUCAGAAAAUGGCGAUGUUUCUUUUCCAAGGGAAGCAGCCAAUACCAAAUUCAAUGCGUUUGCAGGAAACAUGCAUGACUUACCUGGCGAAUUACCAGCUCCCUGGAGCUCGCGCCUUCCACAUCUAUCGCCUUACACAAAUGAUACCUCAGAUGGUGAUGCUUUUGUCGAUUCACCAACUGGAAGUCCAUCACCAUGGAAUUCUCAUUCGCUAGAUCAAAUAACAGAUGCUGAUGUUUCCCGGAUGAGAAAAAAGUGGGGCAGUGCUCAGAUGCCUUUUAGUGGUUCUAAUGCAUCUCAACAGCCACGCAAAGAUGUUACAAAAGGGUUUAAGAAACUAUUGAAAUUUGGGAGGAAGAAUAGGGGUGCUGAUGGUUUAGUAAACGAUUGGGUUUCUGCUUCAACUGCCUCGGAAUGUGAUGAUGAUAUGGAAGAUGGCCGGGAUCUGGCCAUAGGAUCUUCUGAUGAUUUCAGGAAGUCAAGAAUGGGCUAUCUUUCUUCGUAUGAUGGUUUUGUUGAGAACGAAGUUCUCACCGAACAAGGUAUGCUUCAAGAACCAUCGUUACGUAGCUCCAUUCCAAACCCCACUGCAAAUUUCAGACUGAGGGAGGAUCAACUAACAGGUAGCCCAAUUAAAGGAUCACGUUCAUUCUUCUCCCUCCCUGCAUUCCGAAGCAAAGGAGGCGAUGCUAGGCUAAGGUGACCCUCAAGCAGCAGAGCUGGAUUGUAUAAAAUAUCUUCUGAAACUAGGCGAGGUAUCAAAUUUUCUUGGAUGGUACGCGGACAGUGCUAGCUUGUCAUAUAUAAAUACAUAUCUUGUAUCUAUGGUAAUUCUUAUAAGCUACCAGUUGAGCGCUUCCAUUGUUGUUGUUUGAUAGUGAUUUCUCUUUUAAUUUCCCCCCUCUUGUGUAGAAUUGGGCUUCUAGAAAUUUUUGCAUUUUUUUCAGUUGGCCCAGAGAACUGUAUUUUUUAUUGUUUUUGUGAUAUGCUUGUAUCUCCCACUCCAUCUGUUUAGUCGUUUGAUAUAUAUAUCACAAAUCCACUUCAA